GUAGAGGGAAAGGGAGUCAGAUAGGAGCUGGCUGUGCUCGACAUCUAAUUGAACAUUUGGGAAACGUAGGAGAAAAGCAUUUGUUACAUUUUAGAAUCUAUCCAGCCACAGACCAUUGACUACCUACGAUCAUGUGUGGAGAAGGAAGAAUUCCAAACGUCUAAGCGCAUUUGCUGGAUUCAGAGGAUUCAAAGGAAGACCAACAGUAGAGAGCUCCAGACAUAUUUUCCCUCGCUGUUCACAUAGAACCGUAUCAGGCAUUUGUCGUUUUGUCUGGUUUUCGCUUUGGAUAGCUAUACUGACUCGGCUACGAAGGCGGACUUUAAGCUGGAUUUGGUUUCAAAGAGGAGUGAAUCCGUUUGUUUACGUAUGGUUCCGCACUCAAGGACAGAACAAAACGUAAACAAAAACGGUACCACUGAGCACCAUUGUGUACUGGACUGUUUUGCAUGUAAAUAGUCUCGUCUAUGGUAAAUGUUGAAAACUGCAAUUAGUUCUUUGGCAGUUAUUGGAAGCGGAGAAAUAUGAACAUUUGCUCGGGUUAGCGCGCAAGCUGACUGAACUGAACUAGUGGGUAUUCAUGUGAAGUCAAUGAUCCUCGUUUGAGUCCUGUGGCGGUGGCCAGCACCAAGACUGUUUCAUCUGCAAGAUACAAUCACGGAAAGAGCAAGGCUGCAUCGGUAGCAUCAUGGUGGUUUUCAAUGGGUUGCUGAAGAUAAAGGUCUGUAAGGCUUUGGACUUGAAGCCUACGGCAUGGUCGUUAAGACAUGCAGUUGGAGUGAAAUCCCAGACCUUUCUGUUGGAUACCUAUAUCGCCCUAAACGUGGAUGAUUCACGCGUGGGUCAAACAUCUACCAAACAGAAGACCAACAGCCCAGCGUGGAACGACGAGUUUGUGACUGAGGUGUAUGACGGGAAGAAAAUUGAAUUGUCUGUCUUUCACGACGCUCCGAUUGGAUACGACGAUUUUGUUGCAAAUUGCACGAUACAGUUCGAAGAUCUGCUGCAGAAUGGCAGCAGACACUUCGAAGACUGGAUUGACUUGGAGCCAGAAGGCAAGGUGUUUGUCAUCAUUGAUCUCUCAGGGUCUACAGGUGAAGCGGCCAAUGACAAUGAGGAGCGCGUGUUCCGGGAGCGCAUGCGGCCGCGCAAACGCCAGGGGGCCGUGCGCAGGAGGGUGCACCAGGUCAACGGACACAAGUUUAUGGCCACCUACCUGAGACAGCCCACCUACUGCUCCCACUGCAGGGACUUCAUCUGGGGUGUCUUAGGGAAACAGGGGUACCAGUGUCAAGUAUGCACAUGUGUGGUCCACAAGCGCUGCCAUGAGCUCAUCAUCACCAAAUGUGCCGGAAUGAAGAAACAGGAGGAUGCUCCUCAGGAGGUGGGCUCCCAGAGGUUCAGCGUGAACAUGCCACACAAGUUCAGCAUCCACAACUACAAAGUCCCCACGUUCUGUGACCACUGUGGCUCUCUGCUGUGGGGCCUCAUGCGGCAGGGCCUGCAGUGCAAAGUGUGUAAGAUGAACGUGCACAGGCGUUGUGAGAGUAACGUGGCUCCUAACUGCGGAGUGGAUGCCAGAGGCAUCGCCAAAGUGCUCGCUGAUCUGGGCGUCACCCCAGACAAGAUCUCCAACAGCACGCAGAGGAGGAAAAAACUGAACUUGGGCCAGGACUCUCACCAGCCGGGGACAGAAAUGCCACCGUCUGAUCUAGACCACAGCCAAUCAGCGCCCACUUCUCCUGGUGACCAGGAACUGGCAGACCUGGUGAACAUCCAUAAGACGUUGUCGUUUAGCCAGUGCAGUCCCGAGCAGCAGUCGUCCUCGUCCACGUCAUCGGGCAGCAGCUCCGAGAGCCGGCAGAACGGCGACGUGCGCUCCCUGCAGAGCAAGAGGAGGAGCCUGAUGGACUUCAGCUUCAUCAAGGUCCUGGGAAAGGGCAGCUUUGGCAAGGUGAUGCUGGCCGAGCUGAAGGGCACGGACGAGGUGUACGCGGUGAAGGUGCUGAAGAAGGACGUGAUCCUGCAGGACGAUGACGUGGACUGCACCCUGACGGAGAAGCGCAUCUUGGCUCUGGCCAGAAAGCACCCCUACCUGACCCAGCUCUUCUGCUGCUUCCAGACCAAGGACCGCCUGUUCUUUGUGAUGGAGUAUGUGAAUGGGGGAGACCUCAUGUUUCAGAUCCAGAGGUCGAGGAAGUUCGAUGAGCCGCGCUCACGCUUCUACGCAGCUGAGGUCACUUCUGCACUGAUGUUCCUGCAUCAGAAUGGGGUCAUCUACAGGGACUUAAAGCUGGACAAUAUUCUGUUGGAUGCGGAGGGCCACUGUAAGCUGGCUGACUUUGGCAUGUGCAAAGAGGGCAUUCUGGAUGGAGUCACCACCACCACCUUCUGUGGCACUCCAGACUACAUCGCUCCAGAGAUCUUGCAGGAGCUGGAGUACGGGCCGUCGGUGGACUGGUGGGCGCUGGGCGUGCUGAUGUACGAGAUGAUGGCGGGGCAGCCUCCGUUCGAGGCCGACAACGAGGACGACCUGUUUGAGUCCAUCCUGCACGACGACGUGCUCUACCCCGUCUGGCUCAGCAAAGAAGCGGUCAACAUCCUCAAAGCGUUCAUGACCAAGAACCCCAGCAAGCGGCUGGGCUGCGUGGUGUCCCAGGGCCUGGAGGAGGCCAUCAAAGGCCACCCCUUCUUCAGGGACAUCGACUGGGUCCUGCUGGAGCAGAGGCGCGUCAGGCCCCCUUUCAAGCCCCGCAUCAAAACCAAACGAGAUGUAAAUAACUUCGAUCAAGACUUCACCCGAGAAGAUCCUGUCUUGACGCCUGUGGAGGAGGACAUCAUCAAACAGAUUAACCAGGACGAGUUUAAAGGUUUCUCCUACUUUGGAGAGGAGGCUCUAUCCUAAACUUAACUCCUAUUGCACCCCCUGCACAACACAGAUACAGACACAAAGAUAAUACUUUCAUACAGAUAACAGAUAUAGAACCAACAAACACACACGCACGCACGCACGCACGCACGCACGCACGCACGCACACACACACACAAACACACACACACACACACACACACACACACACACACACACACACACACACACUCUCUCACACACACACACACACACACACACACACACACACACACACACACACACACACACACACACACACACACACACACACACCUAUCUUUAUUCGUGGGGCGCUCAGAUGGCAGUAGUGUAAAGGUUUGAGAUUAGGCUAAUGUAAUCUCUGGAUAUUGAACAUGAACUUGGUGUUAUUUCUCUGGCUUUAUUUCUGUUCAAUACCCAAAGAAGCACUUAUGUUACUUAAAUGACUUGGACUAUUGUUACUGAAGUUAUUGAAGUUGGAUGCCUAAGAUGAUGGGUCUGUUUUUUUUUUUUACAUUCUACUUUUUUGUUGAGUGAUUUUGAAAAUGCACUACCUGUUACCAAAACAGAGAUACCAAUGAUUGUAUUAAGAGUCCAGCUCCCAUUCCCUACUUUACUGGUUACACAUUGCAAUCUGCUCUUUGGACAACUUGGAGCCAAAAAAAAUGUAAUAAAUGUAUAUUAUUUUUCAUUUUAAAUCAAUGUUAAAAGGUUCAAACUUUGUCUGCACGGGUGACAGUAACAUUUUGCAGUACAAAUGCCUUUUUUAAGAAUCAAUUCAGGUAACUUAUGGGAACAGUUUUAUAACUUUGAAAAAAAUGUGGUUUGCUACAGCUAUAGUGUGAGGCUGUGUACGUGUGUGUGUAGUGGGGGCAUGUAUGACGGGGGAGGGAGCAGUUAUGGGGCCCACUUGGGGCACAGUGCAUGAAGGUGCAUGCAGUGUCUCUUUGAGUUGCUAUUUCUGUACAUUGGGGUGCAUCUGUUUCAGAGGGCUGUGCCUGUAUGGCCUGGCUUCUGCAGUCUUCUCCUCGUGGUUUUGUGUGGUUGUGGAUCGGCCAAACACUGAUAGGACUCAUAUAGUUUCAAAAAGCCCAUGGAGGCUUGAAAGACAAGCUGUUUGUGAGUAGCCUACUGCAUGGUCAAGAAUACUCCAGUGGUGCAAGUUGGUGGAAAAUGAUCCGAACUUACGAGACUCUGAAGAGUCAUGCAAAACCUUCACUGGUCUAUUGGUACAGUAUCUUUAAGAUUUAGACUGGGUCCUUCUGUGCUCUCUAUGUGGGUAGUCACUCCCUCUCUUGCCCAGGAGCCUGUACAGGGCCCUGGUGCAUUGCUGUCUGUAAGCAGAAGCACACAGAAUGUUUAUUUCUCACUGUUGCAUGCAUCUCUCUGCAUCUUUGCUCUGACAUGGCUGGCACCUGUCGAUGGGAUGUUUUCUGUGUAACAAUCAUGUCCGGGGCUUUUUUGCUGUGGAAUGGCGUGUAUGGACGUUUGAUCCCCGCAAAUGAAGAAAAUAAUCUUUUUUUAACCCCCUCUCUCAUGUUGCUCGGUGUUGUGUUUGUUUACAUUAUGUUUGCUUUUGUUCAUUUGUUUCAUUUUGCGAUUAUGGUAUCCAAAGCUACGGCAAGUGGUUAUAUGUUGUCUUUCGUUUCACCUCUUGUGCUCCGUAAUCAUUGCAAACUCUAAGGAAGCAAAGGAGACCUCUCAGGCUCACUAAUUAAAUGGAGCACAAGGAAGAAUGCCUCUUCGUGUACAUGUUCUUUUUUCAUCUCAUGUUCUCUUUUUAUUAUUAUUAUUAUUAUUGUUGCACAUUCUCCUUGGAAACAGCGUAUACUACACACAGUCAUUCCAUAUGUCCGACAUGCUUACAUAGUUGUUUCCCCUCUGAAUUGCAAUAGCACCAAACAUAGGGCACCUAGCCCCUCAGAAAUCACCAUCAAGUACCCAGCACCAUAAGCAUUCACCCCAAACUGUGCUGGUGAGGAGCUGUGUGAUGCCAAACGCUGUUCUCUCUAUCCUUUUGCGUUUAUCUCUUAACUUUCAUUUGCUUCUUUUUUUAUUGUAAAUGAAGUUAAACACUUUUGAGUAUAGAAUAUUACCAUGUUGUCUGUCUUAACGUUAAAGAAAUGCAUAAAUAAUUACCUCUUAAAUUAAGUGCAAAAUGUUUUUUUGGCUGAAUAUUAAAUAUUUUGUGACUACAGUAUUAUAACACACUUGUUUUGAUAUGUAUGAUAGUGUGGUAUGUAUGAUAUAUGCCAGUGUUAGAUUUUCUGUCAGGUGAAGUUUUUUGUGUGCAGAGGUAGCAUUAUUUUAGCAGUAUCUUGUGUGAAAGUUUUAUGUGCCAAAAAUACUGUAAGCUUAAAAGAUGUGAAUGUGCUCGAUUUAUUAUGACUCCUAUUA